UAAGGCCGUUCUCGGAAGUCAGCUCUGAACCUGCAGCGAUGGAAGCUCCACUCGCAGAAAGCGAGAUUCUUACUCUGAGAAACCGCUUUAAAAGAGAUGCUGAACUGCUUUUACAAGCCGUCUCGGAGGAGGACGAGAAGAGUAAGGAAGCAGAGUCUAAACCUCUGCCCCGCAUUAACCGACACUCAGUCUUCUGGAUCCUGGCCUCCGUGGGUUUGACCUACUACGUAGAUUUCUUCAACGUCGUUCUAGAAAACAGCGAUAUUAAAAGCUGGUGGUUUAACGUGGGCCUGGUGCUCCUAGCUGUGAGUCUGAGCCUGGCAGCGUUCUGUAUCGUGUAUCUGGAGUGGUUCAGAGGGAUCAAACACUAUGAUCAGGAAUAUCCUGCUGUUCCACCAAUCACCACUGCAGCCUUCAUCGCUGCCUCCUGCAGUUUUAACAUUGCACUGUGGCCUGUGUGGUCCUUCCUGACUCCAGUGAUUCUCUUCACUCAGUUCAUGGGAGUGGUGAUGCUCAUCUCUCUGCUGGGAUGAGACUCUUGCAUACUACAAGAGUGACCGUGACACACUGGAGUCUGGAACACAAUCCAGUCUGUCUGUAUUUAAAUAAUGUGGAAUUCCCUCUUUUAUAUCACUAGUUUCAUAGCAGCGGUGUCCAUGUUUUUACUCUGUUUUUCAGUGUAACUUAUUUUAUAUGUAUGUGUCCCAGCCAGUGACUAAAGAACAUGAUGUUACCAAUUAAAUGCCUGUGGUCAGUGCUGUUUUCAAAUAAAAUAAUUUACAUUUCA